AUGAAAAAAUCCUUGUAAAUUCAUUGAUUUGCAAUUUUGUUUUGCAGCGGCUCCGGGUCAAAGGUGAUUGUGAACUUCCCAGCUCAGGCCAGAAUAGAAGACGUCGAAGCUCUCUUCGCCAACUGCGGUCAACUGCAGGCCUUGGAAAAGUUAUCGUCGCGCGAUCCUAACGUACAAACCGUCCUCAUUAGCUAUGAGACGCAGGAACAAGCACAGCAGGCUGUGAACCAAUUGAAUGGCCACGAGUUCGAGGGUAGCCCGCUAAAAGUGGAAAUGUCUACGGUGGAAAAUCGACGAAGAGGCCGCAGCCAGCGCAGCGGCGUCGCUUAUUCCGGUGUGUCGGGCGCCGGACGUCAGGCGGACUUCCCGCUUCGUAUUCUCGUGCAGUCGGAGAUGGUAGGAGCCAUAAUAGGCCGUCAAGGAUCCACUAUACGCCAGAUCACGCAGAUGACGCGCGCGCGGGUGGACGUUCACCGAAAGGACAGCCUCGGCGCCGCGGAGAAAGCUAUCACCAUUUAUGGCAAUCCAGAGAAUUGUACGAAUGCCUGUAAGAAGAUCAUGGAGGUGACGCAGCAAGAGGCUUACGGUUUGAGCAAAGGUGAGAUCUCGCUGAGGAUCCUCGCGCACAACAAUUUGAUCGGGCGGAUCAUCGGGAAGGGUGGCACCACCAUUAAGAAAAUCAUGCAGGACACAGACACGAAAAUCACCGUGAGCAGCAUCAACGACAUCAACAAUUUCAAUCUCGAGCGCAUCAUCACCGUGAAAGGCAGCAUCGACAACAUGAGCAAAGCCGAGUCCAUGAUUUCCAGUAAAUUGCGCCAAAGCUACGAAAACGACUUGCAGGCAAUGGCUCCGCAAAGCUUGAUGUUCCCUGGCUUGCAUCCAAUGGCUAUGAUGUCCACCGCUGGCAUGGGAUACAGCUCGCGUGGCCCCGGUUUGUACGGUUCCGGACCAGCCCCGUACCCCUACCAAGCCAGCUUGCCGACGCAACAGGGUAUUCCGAUUGGCGACACUCAAGAAACCGCGUACCUUUACAUUCCAAACACCAGCGUAGGCGCUAUCAUAGGAAGCAAGGGCUCCCACAUCAGAAACAUCAUCAGAUUCUCUGGCGCCAGCGUGAAGAUCGCGCCGAUCGAACAGGAUAAGCCGGUAGAGCAGCAAAAUGACAGGAAAGUGACUAUCGUUGGAUCACCAGAAUCACAGUGGAAGGAUGCUACAUUGUCGAUUGGUUUACAGGCUCAAUACCUGAUCUUCGAGAAGAUGCGCGAGGAAGGUUUCGUGGCUGGCACCGAGGACGUUCGAUUGACGAUCGAGAUCCUCGUGCCGAGUACUCAGGUUGGCCGAAUCAUUGGGAAAGGUGGGCAAAACGUUCGGGAACUGCAACGUGUAACCGGAAGCAUCAUAAAGCUGUCGGAGCAACAGUCUACAUCUCCUUCUGCCGACGAAGAGGCCACCGUCCAAAUAAUUGGCCCCUUCUUCUCUGUACAGUCGGCGCAGAGAAGAAUUCGCGCUAUGGUCCUACAGUCAUCUGGUGCACCUGGAGCAGGUGUGACUGGCUCUCGCGCAGGUCGUGGCAGCAGCCAAGAAACUGGCACUCGUUCUCGAAGAGACGGCAGCACCACGUCUCAACAGGGUGCCGCGGCAACGCAGCAACAACAACAGCAGCAGCACUCAGCUCAGCAACAGUCGAGCACCUCGCCAUCCAGCCAGCAGCAAUCACAAAAUCAUUUGUUGGCCGUGUUGCUAUAUCUCGCCGGUACGAAUUGCUUGGAGAAUGCAAGAAAUCACAAGACGGCGAUAUAUUUUGGACAGACUUUUUGCAACAGAGAGAAUAG